CACCAUUCCCCACCUUCUUCCUUCGCCCGCCCCUGCUUGCUUUCUCCGGUCUUUGCUUGCUUCCCCAGCUCGCCUUCCCGGGAAGGGAAGCUCUACCCCAGCUGCUCAUCCAUCCACUUCUCAGUCACCAUGAAGAUCGCCGUACUCAUCUUCUUGCUCCUGCUAUCGCCGCUUCACGCCUCCGCUAAUUCGUCAGCCCCCUUGUACGGCAUCGAGUUCCCGCCGUACAACACCGCCGUCGCCGACAGCGGCUGCGACGGCAAGCUGCUCGGCGAGGAGGAGGAGCUCGCGCGCCGUACCCCGUCGCUCAAGCUGCACAUGAGCCACCGCUCCGCCGCCGCCGACGCCGCGGCGGGCACGACAAGGAAGGACUCCUUCCUCGACUCGGCCAAGAAAGACGCCAUCCGCAUCGACACCAUGCGCACGAGGCAGGUCACCCUCUCCGGCAGGCGUACAACCGCCUCUUCGUCGCCGCGGCGGGCGCUGUCGGAGCGGCUGGUGGCCACGGUGGAGUCCGGCGUGGCGAUCGGCUCCGGGGAGUACCUGGUGGACGUCUACGUCGGCACGCCGCCGCGGCGGUUCCAGCUGAUCAUGGACACCGGCAGCGACCUCAACUGGCUGCAGUGCGCGCCCUGCCUCGACUGCUUCGAGCAGCGCGGGCCGGUCUUCGACCCGGCGGCCUCCACCUCCUACCGCAACGUCACCUGCGGCGACAAGCGCUGCGGCCUCGUCUCUCCGCCGACUGCCCCCCGGUCGUGCCGCAGCCCGCGGAGCGACCCCUGCCCGUACUUCUACUGGUACGGCGACCAGUCCAACACCACCGGCGACCUCGCGCUCGAGGCCUUCACCGUCAACCUCACCGCCGCCGGCGCCACCCGCCGCGUCGACGGCGUCGCGUUCGGGUGCGGCCACUGGAACCGCGGCCUCUUCCACGGCGCCGCGGGGCUGCUCGGCCUCGGCCGCGGGCCGCUCUCCUUCGCGUCCCAGCUGCGCGGCGUGUACGGCCACGCCUUCUCCUACUGCCUCGUUGACCACGGCAGCGCGGUCGGCAGCAAGAUCGUCUUCGGCGACGACAACGUGCUGCUCGCGCACCCGCAGCUCAACUACACGGCCUUCGCGCCCGCCGCCGCCGACUCCGCCGACACCUUCUACUACGUCCGGCUCAAGAGCAUCCUCGUCGGAGGAGAAAUCCUCAACAUCUCGCCGGAGACACUGGGCGUGGCCAAGGAUGGCUCCGGCGGCACGAUCAUCGACUCCGGCACCACGCUCAGCUACUUCCCCGACCCGGCGUACCAGGUGGUCCGGCAGGCGUUCAUCGACCGCAUGGACAAGACCUACCCUCUCAUCGCCGACUUCCCGGUGCUCAGCCCAUGCUACAAUGUCUCCGGGGUGGAAAACCGCGAGGUGCCGGAAUUCUCCCUGCUCUUCACCGACGGCGCCGUGUGGGACUUCCCGGCGGAGAACUACUUCAUCCAGCUCGAACCGGACAUCAUGUGCCUCGCCGUCCUCGGCACGCCGCGCUCCGCCAUGUCCAUCAUCGGCAACUACCAGCAGCAGAACUUCCACGUUCUCUACGAUUUGCAGAACAACCGGCUCGGCUUCGCGCCGCGGCGGUGCGCAGAGGUCUAAGCCCCCGUUUUGAUCGAUUGAUUGGUUGAUUCUGUUAUAGUAGUAGCGGGCUAACUGGGGUGUACAAAUUUUUGGGUGGGAAGGAGGGUGCUAUUUCUACACAUGAUGUUAUAUCACAAGGUUUCGUAUCUCUCAAGAGAUCAAGGAACUAUGUAGAGUAGUAGUAGUAGCGGUACUUUGGGAUACUUUUUACCAUUUCAGCUGUAUACAGUUUAUUGGUUAAACGUUUUUGCAAGAAUAUAUGUGGGAUUUGUUAGAUUA